UCCCCACACUGUUCCCCUUCACACAGUCUUUCCCCUGUAAUGCCCCCUCAGUCAGGCUUCCCCACACUGUUCUCCUUCACAAUGACUUUCUCCUCAAUCAGCUUUCCCCACACACCCUUUAGCCUCUUCUUAUCAUUUCUAUCAAUUUCUCGCCCCCAUCAGCAUUCCUCUUACAGAGCCUUCCCCUCCUCUCAGCGUGUCUCUCGCAAAGUCCCUUUCGCAUACCUCUCACCCAGCGUUUCUCUUUCAGUUCCCCAGCCAUUCCUCAGUCUGUCUUCCGCCCCCAGCCAGCCAUUCCCUCAGCGUGUCUCUCACAAAGCCCCUUCCCCUUCGCAUACCUCUCACCCAGCAUUUCCUUUCCCUUUUCCAGCCACUGAAAAGAACAUGAGAAGAGGGAGAACUUACCAACAGCAAAAAUUUCUUUUCUGCACUAAGAUGACUGGACUUCCGGGUUACAGCCGGAUAUCCUGUGGGGAGAGACGUCGGGGGCUAGUCGCCGUAUCACCAUUCUUCAAAAAUGUACCCAUAGCAUGGUGUGGAGUUUUGUUGGGGGCUUUUUGGCUAAAUGGGAGUGAAGUGAAAUCUCUGUCCUGAUGCAAUGGGCCCCAAAAGGGAGAACAAGCGUAACUGGAACAGAAAAUACCAAGGACAACGCUUUCCUCAAAGUAGGUCUCCAUCUGAGGCAUCUCAAAGCUCCACCUCCAUUCAGUCAAACAAAAUGGAUAGAACUUCAUCUUCCAGCUCUUCUCAAGCCUCAGCUGCUCCAGAGCUUCCAGGGUUUUACUUUGACCCAGAAAAAAAUCGCUACUUUCGCAUGCUCCCAGGACACAACAAUUGCAACCCUCUGACACGGGAAGGCAUACAACAAAAGGAAAUGGAGUGCAAGAGACUUCAGCUCCUUGAAGAAGAGAAGAAUAGGAAAAAAUCUGGACCUGGAUUAAAUUCUGCUUUGUUGCUGAGAAAGAGACAGCUUGGAUUGGUGCCUUUCACAACAUAUUGUAGGAGGAUCCAUGAAAUGAAAGUGAGCUGUAUGCAAAGAAAAGUGGUGCACAUAAACAGCCCUGAAAGAGAAGGGGGCAGAGCACGCAGGUUUGAAUUUAUAAUGGCAGAUUCAGCCUAUGAGAGAUUAUUUGCAGUGAAUGAUGGCGACUAUGGAUUCUGCAAAUAUGGGCUGCUAAAUCUCGAUGGUCUGUGGAAGGAAGCACCCACAGUAGAGCGGCAAGAUCACACAUAUAUCUCACACCAGAAGGUGAUUGCAGCAUGUUGGGCAUCAGUGACCGGACCUGAUUCACACAUUCUUGUGUGCCUCUUGGAAGGUGAAGAAACUCGAGGCUGCCUCAGUCUUAUUCCAGCUUGCAUAUUCAGGAAUCUGGAUGACUCUGAAGAUGACUGCUCUGCUAUACUCUACAAAGUAAAAAUCUCUGAUGUUUGGUCAUGUGCGUGGUGCUCUAACCCUCAAAUGGAGAGUAGCUAUUCUGCAGGGUUAAAGCGGCAAAUCUGGUUAAUAAAUGUCAUUCCGGACAUCCGCAGCACUUUCAUAACAAAUAGUGAUGUAUUGGCCCAGCAGUUUGCUACUAAGACAUUGCUGCUGUACAACGGUUUGCGCUCAGGAGAGGUUUUCUCCCUUGACUUCCGUGUGCCUACUACAUGCCCAGCUUACUUCAGAAAGGCCACAUCUUUCACUCAGAACUCUGCUAUCACCUCUUUACGUCUUCUUCAGGAUGAAAACUACUUGAUGGUGGCAGACAUGUCGGGACAGAUUAAACUGUGGGAUGUGAGAAUGCAGAAAAGUGUGAAGCACUACAAGGGACACAACAACAGUUAUGCAAUUCUGCCAUUACAUGUGAAAGAAGAUGAAGGAUUGCUAAUGGCAGUGGGCCAAGACUGUUACACGCGCAUCUGGGACCUAGCGGACACCAGGUUGUUGAGAACUAUACCAUCUCCACAUCCAGCUGCAAAGGACUCCAUUCCAAGUGUGGUUUUCUCUCCUUACCUAGGAGUAAAGGGACACAAGAUUCCUGGCCUGCUCAUGGCUGUCAACAGAGACAUGUAUUUGUAUAGCUACAAUCCCAGUCAUCUCUGAUAUAAACGGGGAGUCCUAUUCAGUGCAUUAUGUGCCACAAGGUCAUGUUUCCAGUACAAUACAUUAUGAUAAACUGUUGGGACUUUAAAUGAGCAGUGGAGAUAAUGUUUUCUGAGAAAGCUUGCCAGUGCUUACUAGCUUCUAUUAUAAUUGUCUGAUUGGAGAUUCCAACCCCAAAUCUUUUUUUAAAACAGUGCAAUGCUUUGCUUCACCAAGAGGGCUUUCUGCUUUUGUGGUACAUAUUAUCCCAUGGUAGAUUUUGAGAUGCGUAUGAUAAUAAUCAUUCUGUUACCAGUAUUUCAGCGGGACAUGUUUAAUGACAACUGCAUACAAAAUGGAUAUGUACCCUUUCAGUGGUUUGUGUUGGCCAGCAUAAGGAACACAGGGCAGUUAUCCAUGGCAGCCAACCAGUGUUUUGCGUUUACUGCUCUACGGUGAGCUGGUGGAAAAGGGCUGUUGCAAAAGCUUGCUGAACAGAGGUUUAUUAGUAAAUGAGUCCUAGUGUGCCCUAAUACUAGGGAACUGUGCUGCUGUGCAGAGACUAUGCCAAUGCAGGUUUAAAUAUAUAACAAUUACCACCAAUGACAAAUGGGUACAUUUCUGUAAAGAAGGGAGGGAUGGUUAUUGAUCCCAGUGUGAUGCAUAAGUGGGCUUCUCUGGGAGGUUCUCUGUAUAAUCACUUGCUGCCACAGGCUGAUUUAGAAAAUCUGUAUGAAAAGGUAACAUUCUAUGUUAGUUUUUUCCCUUUGUUGAAGGUUUUAUGAAAGCAUUUUUUGCACUUUGUAACCAUAUAAUUAGGGUUAUUAAAAAGAGAGGUUUAUUUUUUA